UGUAUACAAAAGUUGUAAAAAGUAAAUAAAUUCGUGUCCGGAAGUGAAUCGGUAAAAAGUGGUAAAACAAUUACGUACUUUGUUGUGUUGUGUGUGUUUUUUGUUUUUGUGAAAAGUGGUGCUGCGAACAGGUUUCAAAUUUAGUUGUAUCGAUGGUGAUGACCUCGUAAGGAAAAUGUUAUCGCAAAAAAGCUUUCCAAAUAGCAAUACAAUCAAGGUCGUGCAUGAUAAUAUUAUUGAUGAUGUUCACAACCAAAUUAUCGAUAAUGAUGAUGAUAAUGAAGUGAGUGACGCUUUGGUAACUAUUGAUUGGCGGUGUGUAACGCUCACCAAACCUCCCAUAAGGUCUACUACCAUUUUGCGACGUUUUGUGUUUGUGGCAUUUGUUUUGCUAACAAGUUUGGAUGCCAAACAAUUUGCAAACGCGUCCAACCUAUUUAAACGCAGCACAAGUCCAAAUAUUGAGUGCUUGAAAAACGAUCGUUUCUAUCGCGAUCCGAAUAGGCCCGUCCAUAAGGUUUGGACUAAUAGUGAAUGUUCCAAGUAUUUCCUAUGCCUUGACGGCGAUGCCUUUGAGUUUAAGUGCUCGGAGGGCUUGCUAUUUGAUGUUGUCAGACAAAUUUGUGAUUUUAAGCAAAAUGUGGAUAAUUGUGACGUCACAGCGGAAACACAAGCUCCCAAACCAUUACUUGAGAGCGCGGAUUGUGAGGACAAAACUCAUUUAGGAUGCGGCGAUGGCACCUGCCUGCCAAAUGAAUAUUUUUGCGAUGGCUCUGUGGACUGUCCCGAUGAGUCAGAUGAGGGCUGGUGCGACAUGACCAAUGAUCCAAAUGCCGCUGAAUCUUGCGACACUCGCAAUUGUCAGCUGCCUGACUGUUUUUGCUCCAAGGAUGGCACUCAAAUACCAGGCCGUUUAAGUCCAAUUAUGGUGCCACAAAUGAUAAUGCUGACAUUUGAUGAUGCAGUUAACUUUGAAAAUUUCGAUCUAUUCACAAAUGUGCUAUUUAAGGCAAAUAGACGCAACCCCAACGGCUGCCCAAUCAGAGCAACAUUUUACGUCUCACACCAGUUUACGAAUUAUCAGUUUGUGCAGAAGUUAUGGAAUGAUGGGCAUGAGAUUGCAGUGCACUCAGUAACUCAUCGUGGCCCAGAGAUGUGGUGGUCGAAAAAUGCCACUAUUGAAGAUUGGUUCGACGAAAUGGUAGGACAAGCCAAUAUUCUUAAUCGUUUUGCAAAUGUACGCAUGGAAGAUAUACGUGGAAUGCGUGUUCCAUUUCUACGCGUCGGUUGGAAUCGUCAAUUCUUGAUGAUGAAAGAGUUUGGUUUCGUUUAUGAUGCUUCAAUGGUGGCGCCAUUUAGCAAUCCUCCACUUUGGCCCUACACUCUAGACUAUAAAAUGCCUCAUGCUUGCACGGGUAUAAAUCAGAAUUGCCCGUCUCGCAGCUACCCCGGAAUUUGGGAGAUGGUGAUGAACCAGUUGGAAGUGGGCGACUUCACUUGUGGUAUGGUCGAUAGCUGUCCAGCCCAUUUGAGCGGUGAAGACGUUUACCGCAUGUUGACGCACAAUUUCAAGCGACAUUAUUUGUCCAAUCGUGCGCCUUUUGGAUUGUAUUUCCAUGCAACGUGGUUUAAGAAUAACGAUUACUUGCAAGCGUUUUUGCGUUUUGUGGACGACUUACAGAAGCUGCCAGAUGUCUAUUUUGUGACAAAUCAGCAAGCGAUUCAGUGGAUGCGUCAGCCAACGCAAAGCAUUCAGCUAAACUCCUUUGAGCCUUGGGGUUGUAAGUCGCGCCAACUCGAUUCACGUGAAAUGGUUUGCAAUAUACCAAAUACAUGCAAGUUGCGCAGUCGUGUUUUGCAGCAAGACCGCUAUUUAUACACUUGCAGUGAGUGUCCGACGCAAUAUCCCUGGAUACGCAACGAAUUUGGUUUGGAUUAAUAUAGAAGACCGCCCAUUGUUGCCAUUCGCUUAUAAAAUUUUAGACUUAAAUGUAGCAUAAAAUUUAAAUUAUUAAACUAAAUGUGUAGAUAUGUUUUGUUAAUUUAAUACUUACAUUUUAUUUAUUUUCAUUAAUUUAAUGCUAUCAUCGCUUCAUC